AUGGAUUCAACCUCCACAAGUGCGAAACGGGUGCGAACUUCAAAUUUUUUACAAAAUGGAAAAUCACAUCUCAUUGAUAUAAUAUCCAAAUACAAAAGCAUUAUUGAAAACAAAGAAACAAAUAAAAAUACAAAUACUGAGAAGAAUGCUGCCUGGGAUAGAAUCACAGCUGAGUUUAAUGCUUCGUCCACGGCAGAAUUGAGAAAGAAGGCUGCUGAUGCCAAACUGGAUCAGAAAAAAACUGGUGGAGGCUUACCACCCUCUAGACCGGAUGAAGCAUUUGAUGAUGUUCUUUUAUCGAUAAUUAAUAAAAAAACAGUUUUUGGGUUAGAAACACCCUAUGGUGGCGAUGUUUCGAGUGGUGAUGAGGCAGAGCCAUCUGAACAGCCCCGUAAUGACAUUGAAAUUGUUUAUGAGUAUGCCCAAGAUAGAGAAAGCAUGGAUGAGGAUGUAAUGCCCAGCACAUGGAAAAAAUAUACAGCUACCGAUUUGAAAAAACCAUUAUCCUCUGCUCUCAGGACAGAAGGUCAAAAGGAAAAUAAUGGAUUGUCGAUGAACUAUUGUGGUAAGAUACCCUUUGAAAAUAUAUCUAUGGUGGGUGAGCUAACGAGUACAAGUCAAAAUUUUGCAAAAAUGAGUUUAAGUCAUUUUGAUAUUCCCAGUAGACAAAAGGAACAGGAAGGAAGUACUGGCAAAGAAACACAUGAACAAGUAACUCCCAACAAAAAUCGGCUCAAUCGAAGUACUCCUGCUUCCAAUCAUCGAAGACCCACCGUACAGGUGAAAGCACUAACCUCUUCUGAGGUAUCUGAGAAGUACAAUCAGUUGAUGGAUAUGCGUCUGGAGAUUGCUGACUUCACUAAAAAACGGCUAGCUCAAGAAUUAGAUCAUUCGAAGGAUAAACAUAAGAAAGAGAUGGAACUGCUGGAUCUGCAAGUUUUAGUAGAAAAGGAAAGGUUGAAUAAGCUUAAACGACCUGAUUAUUAA